GAGAAAGAGAUUGCUAUCAACUCAUAGAAGAAAGAAAAGGGGAGAAGCCUUCUAAAGCUUAAACUAUGCUUUGAUCGUUUUUUUUAGAUUUGUUUCCUCUUUCAAUUCAAGAUUGAAAAAAGCAGUGUACUUAGCAAUGGAUGUGAGGCAAAUUAUGGGAGCUUUUCUUACAUUUUCCAUGUUUGUAAUGCUUGGAAACAUGAUCAAAAGAGAUCAUUUUGAUGGUGAUGUUUUGCUUGAUGUCCCCAUGGUAGCGAAUGUUGAACAAGAUUUCGUGAAAAUGUCUAAGCAUAGUCUUCUUCAACUUCAUAAUAAAGCAUCAAAAACCAAUGGUCAACGGUUAACACUUUGUUGGAACAAUUCUUUACUAGAGAAAGUAAAAGAGCCUUCGAAAGGUUUUGUUACAUUCUCGUUAACCAAUGGCCCCGAGUACCAUGUUUCACAGAUCGCUAAUGCAGUGCUAGUCGCUAAACAUCUUGGAGCAACUCUCGUGCUUCCGGAAAUCAUUGGAAACCAAGGAGAAAAAAGGAGUUUCGAAGAAAUUUACGAUGUUGAGAAAUUUAUGAAAAGCAUGAACGGCUUAAUUCAAGUGGAAAGGCGUAAGAAUCCCGAAUCAUCAACACAAACAUCCGUUACCGUAAAAGUUCCUUACAAUGCUAAUCGAAACUACAUCAAGACAAAUAUCAAACCUCUAUUCCAAACAACACCAAACGUGCGGGUUAUAACCUAUUUUCCAUCAUCAAAUGUUAGAGAAGGUAAAGUUGAUAAGGAUAUGAAUCCGUAUUCAUGUUGGGCGAUGUUUGAGGCUCUCCAUUUGAAGCCCGAACUACAACACGUUGUUGACUCCAUUGUGAGUCGGCUUCGUGGUGGUGAACCGAAAGGAGAAUUCAUGGCAAUUGACUUCAAGAGUGAGAAGAUGGGAACAAGUGUGUGUCGAGGUGAAGGGAAUGAAGGAACGAAGAGUUGCUACAACAUGGUGGAAAUCACAAAAUUUCUUCGGAAGAUCGGGUAUGAGAAAAAUACGACCAUAUAUGUGACUCAACCAAGGUCUGGGCGUGAGCUUGAUGUGUUAAAAAAUUCAUAUACCAACAUAUACACAAAGGAGGAGGUAAUGGAAGAAGCCGAGAAGCAGAAGUUUUCAUCGAGAUUGGAACGUGAAAUCAUAGACUUCCAUUUAUGUUCAGUUAGUGAUGUGUUUGUGCCCGCAGUAUCCGGUCUGUUUUAUGCAAAUGUUGUUGGAAACAGGAUUGCUACAAGCAACCCUGAGGUUCUCGUGCCAAGUCAAAUAGAGUCAACCAUGGCACGGUAUCACAUGUCCUCUUACAUAUCGAAGAGGUCUCACCCAGCAUACGCUUGUUUCUGUCAAUAAACAAAAAUAAAGUUGUAAUGAAAUGUGAAAUAAACGACUUUAUGUUA